AUGGUAAUCGCUAGUGGAAGCAAAUACGAGCGGACCAAUCCUAGCCGGGGCUCUCUGAUCGUGGAUGCUUCCAGGAGAUAUCCAGGCAGCUACACGAACAUCAGUGCCGCAAUCGCUAGUUUGCAGAACAGAACCGAGUCUCAGACGAUCUUCAUCUUCCCUGGAACAUACACUGAACAGGUGUAUAUCCCUCCUCAAGCCGGUCCCCUCAUAAUCCAAGGCUACACCACCAAUGCUCGCUUGUAUAAAGAGAACGAAGUCACCAUCACCGGCAAUCUCUCCCGGAAAACGCCUGGCUUAGCAAACAAUGAUGCCACAGCUACAGUCCGUCUUUGGACGUCGAACGUCAAAUUUUACAAUUUGAAUAUCGCCAAUACUUUCGGCGCAGCUGCAACAAGCGGACAAGCUCUUGCACUCAGCGCACAGAAGAGCAAUCAAGGUUUCUACGGGUGUAACUUUACCGGUUGGCAAGACACCAUCUAUGCCAAUGAAGGUCGUCAGAUCUAUGCGAGGUCAUACAUUAAUGGAGCGGUGGACUUUAUCUUCGGGCUACGCGCUUCAGUAUGGUUCGACAAGGUGGACAUCGAGUCCAUCGGCUCCGGCUUUAUCACCGCGAACGGACGGGAGGCAGCGAACAACACUAGCUUCUAUGUCUUCAAUCACGCCAAAGUUACUGGAACCAGUGGACCUAACUCGACGUACCUAGGUCGGCCUUGGAGGCCAUAUAGUAGAGUUGUCUUCCAGAGGAGUUACCUGGGAGACGUGGUGAAGUCAGAGGGGUGGUCAAGAUGGGAUGCCGUUCAGAGCGUAGAGAACGUAUUCUACAAAGAGUAUAAGAACCAUGGACCUGGUGCUGCUGUCAGAUCACGUGCAAACUUCAGCUCGCAACUCACAGCGCCAAUCAAGGUUUCGGAGAUCCUUGGGAAGCGAUUCGAAAAAGAGUUUUGGGUUGACGUAGACUAUCUCUCAUAG